GAGUAGUCCAAACUAAUAAAUUAUAGGCUUAAAUGCUUUAAAUGGAUAUCAGAAAGGAAGAAGUACUUGAGGAGAAAAAAGAUGACUUGUCAUAUUUAAAAGAUGAAAGAAAACCUACUCUCAAAGAAACUCUUAAGGAAUUGGCUGAGUCAAGUUCUUUGCAUGGAAUACCAAAGAUUGUGUCAUCUCGACAGAUUGUUGUGAAAGUAUUGUGGUCUAUAUUGGUUCUAGCAGCAUUUGCUGUAGUCUCUUUUCAACUGUACUUGCUAUUUAAAACAUAUUAUUCGUAUCCAUCACAAACAUCUGUGUCGCUAGACUUUAGUCCUAUUGCUUUCCCUGCCAUUACUUUGUGUAACUUGAACCCGGUACGGAAAUCCCAGCUACACAGAUCAGAAGACUUGCGGGAUCUCCUGUCAGAGGAUCAGGUUUACGCAAGGAGAAAGCGGGGUACGGAAGGUACUAAAUCAGAAAAUAAACAUCUGCUGGAUGCUGAAGGAAAAGCGAUGUUCAAAGCCCUGACAAGGAACCUAAACGAUGAAACAAUCAAGGAAAACAAACAUGCGGAAGGAAAAGGCAAUAACAUCACUGAUUUUCGUCGUGAAAAUAAACAAAAAGUUACCUUUCAAAAGUCCACGUUUUCUUACUUAAACAGAGAUAAACGUUUAAAAUCGAACAACCAUGAACAACUCGAGAAUACACAAAUUGUAAGACAAAAUGGCGAAGGUCUGCGAAAUAGAAGAGAAGCAGAUACAACUACUGAGGAAACAGAAGCUUCUAGUACGGUUACUAAAGCAAUCUCUGAUUCAGUGACAAAUAAUGGACACUCCGAUGAAUUAACUAGUAGUACAAUCGAUUAUGAUAAUGAUGAUGAUUAUGAUCUGUACGAGGAUUUCUACUGGGAUGAUUGGUUAUCUUACAACUUUGAAGAGGAUUUGUACUUAGAACAACUAGACCAAACCAAAGACGAAUGGGAUGCACGUGUUGAAAAUUUUAAAAAGGCUAUCAAAAUCAAACCUUUGCAUCUGAGAAGAAAAAUGGGUCAUCAAAUUGAAGAUAUGGUCCAGAAUGUUACUUUUGCAGGAAGGGUGCAAAAAGUUCGACAAUCGAAGACUUUUACAAAGAAUUUUACGUCAGCUGAGUAUGGAAACUGCUAUACAAUGGCGAAUCGUAAAUUUGUGGCUUUAAGAAGUGGACCAUCUAAUGCAAUGAAGUUGACGCUAAAUGUUGAAAUUGACGAAUAUAUUGAUAAUCUUUCGACUGGAUAUGGAAUUCGGAUAGUUUUUCACGAGCACGGAACAUACCCUUUGCCUUCCCAUGAAGGAAUUACAUUGAGUCCUGGAUCGGAAACUAAUAUCGGUCUACGAAUGGUUCGAAUUUCGAGACUUCCUGAACCUCAUGGUAAUUGCAGUGAUGGCCGUGAGUUUGCAAGGACAUAUCAAAAGAAAUACAGCAUUUCGGCAUGCUACGAGUUUUGUCGUAUUUUGGAAAUUAUUGAACUUACUGUUUACACGAAGACAACAUCCUCCACCUUUUGGCCAUCAGAUGACUAUCUGAAAGUGUUGAUAACAGAGGUGUGUAACAAUGAGUCAUAUUCAGACUUCUGGGAGGAUCCUUGUUCCGAUAUGGAGAAAUUAGCUUCACAUGAACUCGAUAAAUAUAGGCGCAACUUUUUACGCGUUCUGAUUUAUUAUGAAGACUUGAAUUUUGAAUUAAUCGAAGAGGAACCAAUUUAUGAACCAGUUCGUUUCCUAUCUGAUAUAGGGGGUACAAUGGGGUUAUUCCUUGGCGCGUCUGCUCUGACUUUCGUGGAAAUUUUGCAACUGGUUCUCGAAUUGAUCUUGUUCAUGAAACACAAGAAUUAGAAAGUAAAGUGAGUGAUUACACAUGUCAGGUAGCUGGAAACGUAUAAAAAGUAUACAAAGAGAUAGACGUGAUUCUUGUUGUGAAUAGUUGUAAAAAUGUA